AGAGAGAAAGAGAGAGCAAAAUACCGUUUUGCGUCGUAACACGGCGCGGGACGGGACAUACUCUGCUUUUAGGCGUUUGUUUUGACAGUCCAACCGCUCGCCCGCGCGGGAGAAUCGUCUUCUAACCAAAAACACGCCCGAGUUGAAUGAUAUAUCAUUUGGUGGUGAUCAUGUGAGGUCCAAAUGUCGUCCUGGUCUCGGGGUGUAUCCGUUAUUUUUAGAAAUCACAGCACGAGGUAUAUGAAAAUAGACGGCUCUUUAUCAAACUCGGAGCUCCCGCGCGUCGUCGCUUUGUCUGCAGGCUCUCCCGCGCCUUCGAUGUAUGAACUAAUACAUCGCCUGUUUCGCUAUCGCUGAGUUUACAACUCUUGUAUCCAAACUGGAUCAAGAAAAGGUCAACGACAACCAUAAUAAGGCUAUGGUUUUGCCUUAUGAUUGGCAAACGACCAAACGUAAGGUCGCACAAAGAAGUCAGUAUCUGCUGGAAAUGGGACAAUGGUCGGACUGCAAGUUUAUUGUCGGCCAAGAGCCCAACCAGCAGAUACUCGAAGGGCACAAAGUUUUUCUAGCAAUGUCAAGUCCUGUGUUCGAAGCAAUGUUUUACGGUGGAAUGGCAGAAAAAAAUGACCCUAUCCCAAUCAGAGAUGUACAACCGGAAGCUUUCAAAGCACUACUUGAAUAUAUUUAUACAGAUCGUGUAGAUUUAGGAUCUUUCGAGCUUGCAUGUGAAUUGUGUUACUGUGCAAAGAAGUACAUGUUACCUUUUCUUGUUGAGGAAUGCACAAAAUUUUUAUGGUCCGAUCUCUCACCUAAGAAGGCUUGCCGAGCUUAUGAAUUCGCUAAAUUGUUUGAGGAGCCAGUAUUGAUGGAGAAAUGCUUACAAAUAAUGAGAUCAAAAACAAAUGAAGUGAUAAAUGAGUUAAGCUGGGACGAUGUAGAACAAGAUACUGUAUUGACACUCUUAGAUCAAGAGGAGUUGACUGUAUCUUCGGAAUUAGAUUUAUUUAGUGCUUUAGAACGAUGGGCUAGAGCUGAAUGCACAAGAAAAUCUUUGGAUCCUACUGAUUCAAAAUCAUUGAAAUCUGUGAUUGGAAAUGCCCUAAGCAAAAUUAGGUUUCUUACAUUCAGUCCACAAGAAUUUGCAGAAGGACCUGGAAAAUCACCAUUAUUGUCUCAAGAGGAAGCUUUUGCUUUAUUGAUGAAUAUAUCAUCAAGAAAUUGUGAACAAUCAAUGCCUGAAGGUUUUUGUACAAAUACACAAAAACGCACGAAUUUAUUAAAUUUACAGUUUUUUACUGAUUUUUCUAAAAAGAGAUCUCAGCCAGUAACUAUUUUUGGAAGGCGCCCAUAUGACUUUGAGGAACACCCAAUCAAUUUGAUAACUUCAACUUCGUUUCUUCCCAUUUCUAUUGCUGGAGAACACUCCAAUACUAUUCAAGAGCCUAUAGCUUUAAGGAGGCCAUCUGUGGGGGAAAAUAGCGGAAGCUCUACAAACAGACCUCUUGCAGUUGCUAGCAAUGAAGUACACGAAAGCCCUAAAUACUUUUGCAUUCGAACAGUAGAGCAACAAGCUGGAAUCUACAAUGAUAGCAAAUUAGAAUGCACUGUUACAUUUGUUGUUGAUAAAAAUAUAUGUGUACUUGGACUUCAAGUGCCGUCACAGAUUUUAAAUGUGGAUAAUAAUACUCAGCCAAAAGCUUAUACAGAAUUAUUAUAUGCUCAUCUUCUUGAUUCAUUUGGAACUCGAUUAACAUAUACGCACUUGAGCACAAAAGUUGAUGCUCAAGAAUUAAUUGAAGUUUUUUUCAAUCGUCCAGUGUACGUUCAAAAAAAUAAGCUGUACAAAAUAGGAGUUGUAUUCAACAAGGAGGGCUGGUACCCUUUAGCAAGCUGCAGCCAAAACAAAAUCUGUGAUAGCGUCUCGUUCUGCUUUGGAGCUGGAAAUCCCGUGGACACUCAGCGAGAUGGUCUCAUACGAUCGAUUAUUUUUACGUAUCGUUAAGGAUUAUUUUGAUUUCAAUAAAUUUUUACUUAUUGUAGAUUUGUGAUAUGAAAGAAGGAAAAGAAGAAUGAUAUAUAAUUUUCUUAACAAACAAAUCACAGUUAUAAUUGAUACUUCUUCUUAUUCUUCUUUUCCCAUUCAAUGACGUAAUAAGCUAUCGAAGAUUUAUGAAAAAAAAGUCUUUGUACAAAUUUGGAUGUAUCUGAUUGUUAAAUGUUAAUAUUAAGUCAGAGGAGCAGCUACAUAAAUAUAUAAGAAGAAUUUUUAACCUUCUUUUUCUUUUUUUUUCUUUCAUCUAUUUUAAUUUGAUCGAAUUCACUAUAUUACGUUAACUUUUAAAGCAAUCUUUUUUUCAUUCUUAUGUAUUUUAUUAUAUAGAUUUUUUUUACUGUGCCAAUUUUUACAUGUGCAAUGUACGAAUGUGUUUGAAAAUAAUUAUCAUUCUAACACAAUGGUUUGUUUUCCAAGUAUGUAAUUACUGUUAUAAAUUUCUUGUAUUUUACUCAGAUACUUGUUAAUUUAAAUACUGAAGUUUUGGUACGAAAUGUGUAAUAUAAAAUAAAACAAUCAAUUAAAAAAAUAAAUCUACUUUAUUUCAAAGCUCGCCAGUAAAUCUCCACUGUUGUGUUAUUCGCAUGCGUAUUGUCAGUCCGAUAAAAGAAAUGUUAUCAAUAAAGAUACUCAUUAGUGUUUCGCAAUAGCGAUAAGUCUGCGCAAGUACGCCGCGGAGAUAUAUGUGGGAGAGGAAAAGAGAGACAAGAUGGCGGAUUUUUAUCAGAGGAGCUUGCGAGGCAUACGCGGUGGCUAUCGAUUUUCCGCGAGGUAUUUUUGUAAUUGCACAGGACAAAAACAGAACGCGAGCCUCGCAGCUUUGAAAGCUGCGGAAAAAAGGAUGCAUCGGGGGAAAAGCUCGCGGUUCAUUUUUCAUUUUUCUCAUUGAAAGGAAACUUGCCAACUAUUUCUCCCGCAAAUGCAAAGCUAUUCGAGAGCUGCGCCGUGAAAGCAUUUCAAUUGUCUAUCUCUAGGAGGAAAAAAUUUAAACAAUAACAUCUGACCGCAAAUCAUAAUGAGCAAAGUUUUAGUUUGCCAAUUGAGGCGCAUACUGUGAGAGAGAGAGAGAGAGAGCUACGGGAACAAAAGGAGUUUCCAAACUUUGUUGGCUGAAAGUUGAUAAUAUCGAUCCAAGUGCGCGCUAGAGAGGGGGGGGGGGUGCAGCAACUCGCGCGGACACAAAGACAAGAAUUCGCGUUGUCGACUAACUGGGUAGCGAGGUCGAGCCCGCAAAAAGGACACCGACGACUGAUGACCUUUGACGUCUCGUUCUCCUCUCGCGCGGCUCGUCAUCCACGCGUGAUAACGUGCGCACGCGAUAUGCGCUAUUUACCUUAAAAAGGUGAUGCCUACUGCUGCAAAAAACUUCUUACCGGACGCAAAGGAAAUACGACGCGCGCGCGCGCACACACACAUACGUACACACAUACAGUACACAAAAGGACGCUUUGUUUCAUUGUUAAAAACCAGUGUUAUUAUUGAUAUAUUAUUAUUUAACAAUAGUCGAGAACUAAUAUAAUUUUAUCGCAUGCUUAUUUACAGAAUCGUAAAUCAAUCGAUAACUACCCGAAAGAAGAAACCAAUCGUCGAUACAAUACAUAUAUAUAUGGGUAUGUAUAUAUAUGUAUGUAUGUAUAUAUAGCUUCUUUUUUCUUCGGAAAUUCUUGAUGUUACUCGAAAAAAGAAAAAAAAAACAAAUUAUUAUUACUUAUUUCAACACACCAAUGAGACGCGCCCAUUUUACAAUGCCAAUACACGUGGAAAUAGCGGUAUCGUGAGAUAGUUGCACACACCCAUGUAUUUUACAAUGUUUCGCCCGGAGAGGCUCUGUCUCCGGGCCUUGUUUCUCCCCGCCGUUCGCGUAAAAAAAGUAACCGCUGUUUAUCAUUCGUUUUAUGUUGACACGCGCAAAUCUUAUACCUUGGCAAUGGUCGUGCGCGGUAGUGUUUCGACUAGACUCGAAGGAAGACCCAGGAGUGCUCAGGCUCGUCUGGCAAAUCUAUGUACACUUGUUUUCUUUGUUCAAGGAAUUGUGCGUUCCGUUAGGUAUCACGGCUUUAUUGGUUUGCGUAUAGCUUGGCCGCCCAAUCGCGGCACGCUAAUUAGUCUUGAGAAGUACGCGCUAUAAUGAAACUAACCCAUUAAUACGAUCGGAAAGUCUCGCCUUAUUCGUCGUUUGGAUAAUUGCUGUCUCAUCGAGUCGAGCACUCUUUAAUCUCGCUAUCUAGAGAACGAUCGUUACAAGCUGCUUCAUGCGCGCGAGGCUCGUUCUGUCCUCUAGUCUAGUCACCGACUCUCGUUCGGCUCACUAAGCUAAGCGAUCACAAGUUCUCUCUAUUUCAUAUCUUUUUUAAAUUUUUUUUACGUUUUUUACUUAAUCCUUUUCUUAUUAAUGCUUACGUUCGACAAUUCAAUUCCUUGCGUAUGAGCUAAGAUACGCGCGAAAACACACGUCGCCCGUCCUCGUCGAAUUCCUCGUCGAGUUUUCUCACUUUUCAAUCCCUUCGUUCAUCAAUGUCUGAGGUAUUUGCAUCGACACUUCUUUUGCUUUCUUUGGCUUGUGUUUUUCGUUUGGCAUCCUUACUUACACAUAUCUUACGCGGUAUAGUCAAUAGAACUUGAAAUAACGGUUCAAUUAUAGUCUUUGCUUUGGAUAACAACGACGCUUUGUCGAAGAGCAAGACGCCCGCC